GUUCGUCCGUGAGCCUCCGCUCGUAUGUUCGCCCGUGGUGCUUCUGGCGUGCUGGGUCCCACUCCUCGUGGCCCUCCACGCGUAGCGACACUGCGAUCAAGAGUAACCGCUAGGUUGCGGCCGCGUGGCGCUCUUUUGGGUCUGCGUCGACGGAUUCGUACAAAAUCCCAGGCGCCAGCUGGGGUGUCCUCACCGAGGAAACAAGCUGGAGGAGUGAUUAUUAAUACUAACACUCCGUUGUUGCAGAGCGAAGGCAGAGUGAGAGAGAGGAGAGCGAGAGUGUCGUGUCCUUCUGCUCUGCUCGAUCGUUCCUCUUGUUGCCCUCCGUCCGCGGCCGGUCGCAAACAGAUCAGGCUACGACCUCUGAUGGCUAUUGUGUGUGCAUCUCAAUUCGUCUCAAAGUGCCUGCAUGCCAAGUAUGGCACUGCAACUGAUUCAAAGUCGAGAACAUUCCAGAACAAGAAGAUUGCUGACUUUAAGAAUCAACUCGCUGCUCACCAUGGACUGAGAUCUCAAAACUUUGUAGACUUGCUUCAGAUGAGGACUAACGUGAAAGCAAAAUCGAAGCAAGCCAAGAAAGGCUCUGCUAGUGCAGGCCGGAGACCCUGUGCCGUAGUCAUCUGUGGGAAAGGGAUAAACAUAGUCUUUGUUGGAGCUGAGAUGGCUCCGUGGAGCAAGACAGGGGGCCUUGGUGAUGUUCUUGGAGGACUCCCGCCAGCCAUGGCGGCAAAUGGACACCGAGUCAUGGCCAUAGCACCGCGUUAUGAUCAAUACAGAGAUGCGUGGGAUACAAGUGUUUUGGUUGAGUUGAAAGUUGGGGACAGGUAUGAAACUGUGCGGUUUUUCCACUGCUACAAGAGAGGGGUUGAUCGUGUUUUUGUGGACCACCCAAUGUUUCUUGAGAAGGUCUGGGGGAAAACUGGUGGCAAGAUAUAUGGUCCAACCACUGGAACAGACUAUGAGGACAAUCAACUUCGCUUCCUCCUUAUGUGCCUCGCAGCUUUGGAGGCUCCAAAGGUCCUUAAUCUUAACAACAGUGAAUAUUUCUCUGGACCCUAUGGGGAAGAUGUUGUAUUUGUUUGCAAUGAUUGGCAUACCGCUCUUUUGCCAUGCUACUUAAAGACUAUGUACCAGCCUCAUGGCAUUUACAAAAAUGCCAAGGUUGUGUUCUGCAUUCACAACAUUGCAUACCAGGGCCGAUUUGCUUUUUCAGAUUUUUCACUUCUUAACCUUCCUGGUAGCUUUAAAUCCUCUUUUGAUUUUACUGAUGGGUAUGACAAACCUGUGAAGGGAAGGAAAAUAAAUUGGAUGAAGGCAGGGAUCUUAGAAUCCAAUAGAGUGUUAACUGUGAGCCCAUAUUAUGCACAAGAGCUACUCUCAGGAAUAGAAAGGGGUGUUGAGUUGGAAAGCUAUCUGCGGAUGACCAGCAUCACAGGAAUUGUGAACGGGAUGGAUACUAAUGAGUGGAACCCAGUAACCGACAAGUACAUUGCAGUUAACUACGAUGCCGCAACUGUAAUGGAUGCAAAGCCUCUCAACAAAGAAGCAUUACAAGCUGAGGUUGGUUUGCCCAUAGAUAGGGACAUCCCUGUUCUUGUUUUCAUCGGGAGACUGGAGGAGCAGAAAGGAUCAGAUAUUCUUGCGGCAGCCAUUCCUGAGAUCAUGGAUGAGAAUGUUCAAGUUAUUAUUCUGGGGACUGGCAAGAAGAAGCUGGAGCGUCAACUAGAGAGUCUAGAAGAAAUGUUCCCUGACAAGUUUCGUGCAGUUAUGAAGUUUAAUGCGCCAUUAGCUCAUCAGAUGAUGGCUGGAGGUGAUAUAAUCGUCAUUCCAAGUAGAUUCGAGCCCUGUGGCCUUGUCCAGUUUCAAGGCAUGAAAUAUGGAACAGCUCCUGUGUGUUCGUCGACUGGUGGACUCGUCGAUACAGUUAAAGAAGGCAAAACAGGAUUCCACAUGGGUCCUUUCGGUGUUGAAUGCUAUGCUGUAGACAAAGCUGAUGUAGAGAAAAUCAUCACAACUGUGAAGAGAGCACUUAAAGUUAUUGGGACACGUAAGUUCGAGGAGAUUAUCCAGAACUGCAUGGCUGAAGAACUCUCAUGGAAGGGGCCUGCGAAGAAGUGGGAGCAGCUCCUAUUGAGCUUGGGGGUUUCUGGAAGUGAGCCUGGAAUAGAUGGAGAGGAAAUUGCUCCGCUAGCCAAGGAAAAUGUAGCCACCCCUUGAGCGCAAUAGCUACUAUGAGCAUCCCUUUUAACCUUUUCCUGUGAAAGCUGAUGAGAUGUUUCCUGUGCCGUAGUUGAGAUGCUUGAAAUGUGGUAGUGCAUUUGUAUAUAUAUCGAAUGGAAUCGUAGGGGCAGUUUGGCACUAUCUUAGCCGUGGUUCUUUGAUAAAACUUGUUUAGAAGGAAAUUUGAACUUUCAAUUGGGAAGUUAAUUAAACUCUAAUUUUGGUUGUUGAGUUAUGUAAUGGAAUAAUUGCUUGCCUGUAGGUCUAUUACUCAUUUA